GAGAUGGGGGAGGAGGGAGGUGGAGUUAUACUGCGCAUGAGCGGAAGUAGAUGACGGGACAGAGGGGAAAAGCGGAAGAGGGAGUCUGGAAAUCACAAACAUGAACAAGCUGAAAUCCUCGCAGAAGGAUAAAGUUCGCCAGUUCAUGAUUUUCACGCAGUCCAACGAGAAAACAGCGCUGAAUUGUUUGGCUCAGAAUGACUGGAAACUAGAGGUGGCAACAGACAACUUCUUCCAGAAUCCUGAAGUUUACAUCCCGAAUCUGAAAGGACUGUUCGAAAAGAAAAAGCUAGAGCUGCUCUACACUCGCUACAGAGAUCCUCAUGACGACAACAAGAUCGGGAUCGAUGGCAUUCAGCAGUUCUGUGACGAUCUAAAUCUGGACCCAGCCAGUAUAAGCGUUCUCUUAAUAGCGUGGAAGUUUCGUGCCGCCACACAGUGCGAGUUCUCCAAGCAAGAAUUCAUGGAUGGGAUGACUGAACAAGGAUGUGACAGCAUAGAGAAGCUUAAAGCUCAGUUGCCAAAAAUGGAACAGGAGUUAAAAGAUCAAGGCAAAUUUAAAGACUUCUAUCAGUUUACGUUCAACUUUGCAAAGAAUCCCGGACAGAAAGGCUUGGAUUUAGAAAUGGCGAUUGCUUACUGGAAUUUAGUAUUGGCAGGACGUUUCAAAUUCCUCGACCUGUGGAACAAAUUUUUAGUGGAGCACCAUAAGAGAUCCAUUCCCAGAGACACCUGGAACCUCUUAUUAGACUUCAGCACCAUGAUCACAGACGACAUGUCCAACUAUGACGAGGAAGGAGCGUGGCCAGUCCUUAUCGACGAUUUCGUCGAGUUUGCCCGGCCGUACGUCGGGACCAAAAGCACGGCGGUCUGAGGGACUCUGAAGGUUGUCCCAACCUCACGCACUCCUCCACCUCAUGGUGGACCCGAACUGAGAUCUUCAUUGCCUUUUUCGACCCUCAGGAUUCAGACGCUUGUGUACAGCAAAGACAUUUCAGAGACGCGUCUCCUCUUCGUCAUCUAGAGGUGGUUUUGGGUUUUUGUUUUUCCUUCCCCUUUCUCAAUUUUUCAAUUUGGAUACGUGUGCCACUUCUGUGUCAACUGAAUCUGGAUCCACCUCUGGGACCUCAUGAUGCUUUUUUUGUUUUUUUUUUCUUUCUUCUCCUCUUUUUAACCUUCACCUGGACAGGACCGAAUCACCACAGACAUGAUAUCUUCGUUCCUAAGCCAGGGCUGGUUGUUUGGGGAACCUCAAGCUUCAUCAGUUAUUAAAUCUUAAUUUUAACAAUC